CCCAGGAUGAGCUGAGUAGAAAUAUUUGGCUGUAUGUGGAAUUGGAGAAACUAUGGGAUAUCAAAAAAGGGGAACAUGCCAAUCGUCUAACAGCAUGGGGACAUUACAGAGAAAGAAAAACAUUCAGAACUCCCGACCAGGAUGCACAAACCCUAACAUUGCGACUGUACCUCGCCAGAGAGGCUACGGUGUGUCCAGCCUAAGCCCUGCUCAGAUCACCCGGGUCAAAGUGAUGAUGUCCCUGGGACAACUAGCCAAAGGAGCCAGCAUGGAUGACCUACUUGAAACCUGCAUUCAGUCAUUUGAUGCAGACGGGAACUUGUGUCGAAGCAGCUACCUGUUGCAUGUGACUCUCACCAUGCACCGCUUCACCAUGUCAUCUACCGAGUUACUGCAGAAACUCAUCACACUAUAUCAGAGUGCUUUACAAGACAACAGUGCACCAUCCUGCUUGAAGAUCUGUUACUUUAUAAGGUACUGGAUAACGGAGUUUUGGAUUAUGUUUAAAAUGGACAACAGUUUGUCAGAAGCUAUGGAACAAUUUCAACAACUGGUGAGAGAGAAUGGUGAAGAGUGCCACUCCCGCUUUAUCGACACCUCACAACUUAAUGCCCACGACUGGUCGAGGAAGCUCACUCAGAGGAUAAAACCGAACAGCAGUAAGAAGCGUAAAGUUUCCCUCCUGUUUGACCACCUGGAGCCAGGGGAGCUGGCCGAGCACCUCAGCUACCUCGAGUUCAAGUCCUUCCGCAGGAUUUCAUUUUCAGAUUAUCAGAACUACAUCAUGAGCAGCUGUGUAAAGGACAACCCCACAAUGGAGCGUUCAGUUGCUUUGUGUAAUGGUAUCUCACAAUGGGUUCAGCUCAUGGUUCUCAGCAGACCUACCCCACAGCUUCGUGCAGAGGUCUUCACCAAGUUUAUUCUCGUCGCCCAGAAACUCCAGCAGCUGCAGAACUUUAAUACACUAAUGGCAGUGGUGGGAGGUUUGUGUCACAGCUCAAUCUCCAGACUCAAAGAAACAAGCGCAUGUGUCCCUCAUGAAGUUAAUAAGGUGAUGACUGAAAUGACAGAGCUGCUUUCCUCCAGUGGAAAUUACAACAACUAUCGUCGGGUGUACAGUGAGUGCACAGGAUUCAAGAUUCCUAUUCUGGGUGUCCACCUGAAAGAUCUUAUCUCAUUACACGAGGCCCUGCCGGACUAUGUUGAAGAUACCAAGAUAAAUGUAAACAAGCUUCAGACUCUCUACAACCACAUCAAUGAGCUUGUCCAGCUUCAGAACACUGCGCCCCCUCUGGAAGCAAACAAAGACCUAGUGCACCUGCUCACGCUGUCAUUAGACCUUUACUACUCGGAAGAUGAAAUUUACGAACUUUCAUAUGCACGGGAGCCACGAAACAAUAAAGUUCCACCAGCAACACCUAGCAAGCCACCCGUGGUCGUGGACUGGGCCACUGCAAUAUCACCAAAGCCUGACCCCAAGACUAUCAGUAAACAUGUUCAAAGGAUGGUCGAUUCUGUCUUUAAGAAUUAUGACCAUGAUCAGGAUGGCUACAUUUCUCAAGAGGAGUUCGAAAAGAUUGCUGCCAGCUUUCCAUUUUCCUUCUGUGUGAUGGAUAAAGCUAGUGAAGGACUAAUAAGCAGAGAGGAGAUCACGGCUUAUUUCAUGAGGGCCAGCUCCAUCUUCUCAAAGUCGGUCCUAGGCUUUCACCACAAUUUCCAAGAGACAACAUACAUGAAGCCAACCUUCUGUGACAACUGCGCAGGAUUUAUCUGGGGCGUCAUAAAACAAGGAUACAGAUGUAGAGAUUGUGGCAUGAACUGUCACAAGCAAUGCAGAGAUCUGGUGGUCUUAGAAUGCAAAAACAAACCCAAAGCUACAUCCACGGAUACCAGUCCAAUAUCAAGCUCCACUCCAACUCCUGCAAGUGCCAAAGGUCACAACACAGGAGUGGAGGAGGGACCGUUCGGAUACUUCAAUGGAGAAGCUCACGAGCACUCUGAACGCAAGGACCGGACUUUUGUAUUAAUGGGUGGCUCAGCCCAGAAGAUUUCAGUCAGGUUAAAGCCUACUGUAAUAGACAAGGCCUCACAGACUGAUUCAUCAUGGCCCGACACAACUACUCCAGGAAAUCAAGCUGCUCCUUCAGCAAGAACGAGGCCAUCUGAUGCCACUCUGCUGUCCCCAAGCAUCCUCCCGUUGUGCCCCAGCCCUGUUCCAAAUCGAAAGAGAGCCUGUGCAACGUGGGUAAACAAUGCGUCCAAUCACAAACCCAAAGAAAUUGACUUUACUAAAGAGCAUCGGAUACAUCAACUGGAAAAGGAAAGAAAUUUGCUUCGGGAAGAGAGGGAAAAGCUAACCAUCGACAAUUCAAAGCUGCAAGCAGAAUUACUGGAAGCACAGAGAGAGAUUAAAACUCUCACAGACCAACUUGAUUCACUGCAAAUCCAUAUAACCACACAGCCCCAAAACUCUCCGCAAUCGGAAUAAAAGCAGCUUUUCGUGAACUCUAUAAAGUAACUGGGAUCAAUGGAAAAUACUGUCAAAAUAUGGGAAUACGGUAAUAUUUGAUUGUCAUUUUCUGCACAUUUAAAUGCAUUCUUUCCAACAAAACCAGAGACCUAACUUUUAAUAAUAAAAACGCAAAAGAAAGCAUUAAUAUGAACACUAGACACUAACGCCAUUUUUUUAUGAAGAACCAAGUGUACCUUUCGUGAAUGAUAAGCAACAAGAUGGGGAUUGCUAUCUGAUUGCAAGUAUAAUCUGGCUGCUUUGAAAAGAUAAUACCAGUCAUUUUGCAAAGUCAGGUUAAGAGGGGUUAUGUAUUAUAGAGUGCAAUUUACAAAAAAAAAGCCAUUUUCAACAAUGGGAGAUUUCAUUUAAAUGAUGUGCAUAAAAUGGAACCUUCACUAAAGUCAGCGUUUAUACAGAACAAUUUGUUACGCUAUUUUAAUAACGUCACGUUUCUCCCACAAAAUAUAGUCACUCCACUUUACAAUCUA